AUGUCUCCUCCAUCUCAACUACCGCCACUGGGCUUCAUUGAAGUCGAGUGCUUCUUCACAAGACCUCCUGGCGACCCUUGGAACGAACAGACAUGGCCCUUCCAUCUGCUACGAGAGAGAGCUACAGGUUCCACUGCUGACCAGCUCGUGACGAAUGGUCAUUACGACCAAGCCUUUCUCGAUCGGUUUGUUGCCGCUGGGCUGAGACUCGCAGAGCGAGGAUGUGUCGGUAUCAUCACGAGUUGUGGCUUCCUGGCCAUGGCACAGCCACAACUUGCUGAGCGAUUACCAAUCCCAAUCGCGACCUCAGCGUUGAUCCAAGUGCCUUCACUCCUGGCCUUAUUACCACCCCGUAAAUCGAUCGGAAUCUUGACAUUUGACGGCGAGAAGCUAGGACCUACGCAUCUCGAGCAAUUAGGCAUUCCCUCAAGCCUUCACGGUCGAAUCCACAUUGCAGGCGCCCGAGCCUGCGGACACUUGCAACGACUCGUCAAGGAGGAUGCUCCAUACGAUCGUCAGAGCAUCCAGACUGAGCUGAACGAGGCUGCUCUGGCGAUGCAGAAGAAAGACCCAGGGCUGGGUGCAAUCGUGCUGGAAUGCACGCAGAUGCCCCCUUUUGCGGAAGGCAUACAACAAGUGGUCGGCAGCAACGUGGCAGUGUAUGAUGUCUACUCGAUGGCGAUGUGGUUCUACAGCGGCCUUGCGAAAAGGCUUCCUGCGAGAUGGGCAGAGGGAGCGCAGGAUACGAAGUCUCGUCCUUAG